UUUAGUAAAACUGUUUCUUUAAAACAAUUGUUAGUUGUAAUAAGUUUUUUGAACCUGUAUUACCUUUUUUAACCUUUGUUUCCAAAUCAGGAUCGGCUGCCGGAGCAGUUGCCAUUAUCACUAACUUAACUAGACAAGACAGAAGCCCUUAACAGUUUCUCACUCUUAACCAUGAUUUUACGCUUUUACUCAUUUCUUGUUCUGCUGUGGGAUUUUAACAUUUUCUUAUUGUACACAUUGUUCUCCAUCCUGAAUGCAAUAUUCGAGUUGAUUUCACCAAAACCACUAAAGCCAGUUGAUUCAGAAAAAGUACUGAUAGUAGGUUCGAGUAGAGGUGUCGGUAAAGAAUUAGCACUUCAGUUGUCUCAACUUGGAGCUUGUAUUGUAUGCUGGGAUAUUAAUACAUCCGGCAAUGAAGAAUUGGUAAAACAAAUUAGAUUGAAAAAUGGACAAGCUUAUGCCUACACUUGUGAUGUUACUGAUCAAGACAAAGUACUAGAAAUGGCUAAAAAAGUUCAAAAGGAGAUUGGUGACAUUACAAUGAUGUUUAACUGUUCCGGCGUUCCAAGCCCUCGAUCAUUAUUGGCUCAAAAGCCGCCGGAUAUAAAGGAUACCAUCAGUUUAGGAGUUCUAGCACAUUUUUAUCUAUUGGAAGCAUUUCUGCCUAGAAUGAAAGAAUUAGAUCAUGGCCACAUUGUUACAUUAACAUCUGUCGCAGGAUUAACAGGAAUAAACAACCAGGUUCCUUUAAGUGUGACACAAUUUGCAGUGCAAGGACUAGUUGAAUCUCUCUUAGAGCAAACAAGAACUGAUAAAAACUUAAAGAAUUUACACUUCACUUUAUGUCACAUAUAUCCUUUUAUAUUUAGCAACGAUGUAGCAAAUGACAUCCGUCUUAGAAUUUCUAGCUUCUUUGGAAAAAUUAAAUCUGCAGAUGCUGCUCAUAAAAUUAUUGACGGUGUGAGAAGAAAUUAUGUGGAAAUUAGCAUUCCAGGAUAUUUGUUAUAUUUGGGCCAUGCACUGAAAUUGUUACCAAGAAAUUCAACUUGCAUGUUAAAAGACAUGCUAAAUACAGGCACAGACUUUGCAUGAUUUUAUCUUUAUCUGCAUUUUUUAUUGAAUGCUUUUGAUAGUAUAUGCUUUCAAUAAUUAAUACCAUUCAGUAAUUUCCAUAUAGUAUUAAGUAUUUUAUUGGUGGCCUAGAAUCAAUUCAAU